UUCAACUCUUACAUCCUCUGGGUUUUGGUGUUUUAGGAGUUGGUGACCUUCAAGGAUGUAGCUGUGGACUUCAGCCCUGAGGAGUGGGGUCUGUUGAACCCGGAUCAGAAAGAGCUGCACAAGGAGGUCAUGCUGGAGAAUGCUGCGAACUUGCUCUCCCUGGGACUUCCAGUUCCCAGAGAAGAUUUCUUCUCCCAUGUGGAGAGAGGAGGCCUGAGGAACUCCUGUCCUGAUGCAGAGACACAGUUUGAUAGGAAGGAGAUGAGUGCAAACCUGAAAAUGAUCUCAUGGAAUGACCUUUUUCAAUAUCGUAAAUACAGAGCUGUUUUUGCCAACCACAAAAGAAAGCACAUUGGAGAGAAACAUUGUGAAUGGACUAAACACAAAAAAGCUUUAAGAAAGAGUUCCAGUGUUGCUAAAGAUAAGAAUACACAUCCUCAAGAGAAAACAUCUGAGUGUCAUGAAUGUGAUGAAACUUUUCUUGAACUCUCUUUCCUUGCCAAGCAUCAGAGAAUCCAUGCUGGAGAGAAACCUUAUGAGUGUAAGAAACAUGAAAAGACUGUGAAAGAGCAGUCUACUUCGGCUAAACAUGAGAGAAUUCACACAGAAAAACAGUCUUACAAAUGUAAUCAGUGUGGAAAGGAUUUCCAUUGUUAUUCCAAAUUUUCAAAACAUCAGAGAACCCACAAUAUAGAGAAACCUUAUGAAUGUAAUCAGUGUGGAAAGGUUUUCACACAGCUUUCUGGGCUUGCUAUCCAUUGCAGAAUGCACACUGGAGAGAAAGCUUAUGAAUGUGGUGAAUGUGGAAAGGCUUUCAUAUACAGCAAGAAUUUUGUAAAACAUCAAAGAAUCCACACUGAAAAGAAACAUUAUAAAUGUAAAGAAUGUGGAAAGACUUUCACAUAUCGCUCCCAUCUUGCUAUGCAUCAGAGAAUCCACACUGGAGAAAAACCUUAUGAGUGUAAUGAAUGUGGAAAAGCUUUCACAAAACGCUCCUACCUUGAUGCACAUCAGAGAAUGCACAAUGGAGAGAAACCUUAUGAAUGCAAUCAAUGUGGAAAGGCUUUCAUACAGAGCUCCAAUCUCCGUGAGCAUCAGAUAAUCCACACUAAAGAGAAACCUUAUGAAUGUAAGGAAUGUGGAAUGGCUUUCAUACAGCACUCCAAACUUGCUAGCCAUCAGAGAAUCCACAGCGGAGAGAAGCCUUAUAAAUGUAAUGAAUGUGGAAAGGCUUUCACUCAGAGGGCCAAACUUGCUUAUCAUAUGAGAACCCACACUGGAGAGAAGCCAUAUGAAUGUAAACAAUGUGGAAAGGCUUUCUCAUAUUGCUCCGAUCUUCGUGAACAUCAGAGAACGCACACUGGAGAGAAGCCUUAUGAAUGUAAGCAAUGUGGAAAGGCUUUCACACAGCGUUCUAGUCUUGCUGUCCAUUGGAGAAUCCACACUGGAGAGAAGCCUUAUGAAUGUAAUGAAUGUGGGAAAGCUUUCACACGGCGGUCUGAUCUUGGUAGACAUCAGAAAAUCCACAUGGGACAGAAAUCUCAUGAAUGAGGAAACCUUCAGACAAAGCUCACAUCUUGUUUAACAAUAGAUAGUGCACAUUAGAGAAAAACUUUUGAGUGUCUGGAUAUAUAUAUAUAUAUAUAUAUAUAUAUAUAUAUAUAUAUAUUAAUCCCUAAGUAGACAUGAGAGGUUCCAUAGUAGAAGAAAAAUCUCAUUCAUAUAAUCCAUGUGGAAAAUCUUUCAGGCUCACUUCAUCCCCUAAUUUCCACCAGAAAAUCCAUAGACGAUUGAAAUCAUAGAUAAAGGCAUAAAAAUUGAGGACAGAGCUUGUCAGUCAGCAGGGAUUUUCUGCUUGGGAACAAAUCUCCUCUGGACUUGGCACAGGAAGGUCUUUAGCCCAAGUUCAUCUGAGUUUACAUCUGAGGAUACGGAGGGGAGAGAAGAAUCACAUUUACCUGGAAGAUAAAGGUGACUAGACACCACAAUAUUCACAGUGUAAAAAAAAAAAUUAGAAAAAUUGUCUUUGUAGAAAGGUUUUCAUGUGGAUCUCAUACUUUCUAAAUAAAUCUUGCUCCAGAUUAAACUUAUCAAUAUAAUGAUGACAGAAGCAUCUUCCUACAGCAUAAAUUUCAUUCAACAUUGCAAUUUUACAAUGUGUAUAAAGGUUUGAAAAUAGAUUGAGUUUGUAAAUAUGUAGAGAAUUGACUCUAAUUUAUAAGAAAUCAAGCCAUUCUCCAAUUGAUAAAUGGUCAAAA